AUGGAGACUCAAAAGACCGAUAGCACUGCAUUUCAACCACGGCGUAAGUUGGCACUUGUAAUUGGCAUUGGAAAAUAUGAACAUAGUGAGGAAUUAGAAAAUACAGAAAAUGAUGCGAAUGAUAUGUCUUCUGCUCUGCAAAGUAUUGGUUUCAUUGUUACAAAGAAACUAGAUCUAAAACGUGCUGAAAUGAAACAUGUUGUUAUCGAUUUCGAAGAAUCAAUAGAGCCCGACGAUAUGAUCCUAUUUUAUUUUGCUGGACAUGGGGUACAAUGGGAAGAUCAAAAUUAUUUGAUACCAAAAGACACUCCAACUUUGAAUGGCGCAGAUUUAAACAAGAGUGCAAUCAAUGCACAAGAUAUUCUUAACACUUUAAGUGAUCGUAAACCAUACGUAACAAUAUUUCUAUUGGAUUGUUGUAGAAAGUAUCAUUUACGUAAUCCUGAAGUAGAUGCACGUGAUCCAGAUGCAAGUGGUGCAAAAUCAGUCGGCCUCAAAGCCAUGCACAAGGCUGGUUCAUUGAUUGCAUUUGCUUGUGCGCCGGGAACUAUUGCCAUUGAAGGAAAAGGACAGAGAAAUGGUUUAUUUACAAAGCAUCUUUUAAAACACAUUAAAACUGAGAAUGAAGACAUCCAAAUGAUAUUACGUGAUGUUACCGAUGGAGUAAUAGAAGAAUCGAAAUCAAAACAAAUUCCAUUUCUGAGUGUUUCAUUGUCAAAGAAGAAUAUAUAUUUAUGUAGUCAACAAAGAGAUCGACCACGUAAACUAGGUCUCACUCCACUAACAGCAGAUAAUCGAUUAUCAUAUAUGGGCUAUGAUGAUCAACGUGAUUUAGCAUCUAAAUCAUUCCAAUGGCAAUGUUCACGAUGUACAUUUCUUAACGAUGAUUCAUCUCGCACAUGUGAAAUAUGUUUAUAUGGAAAAGGUUCUUAG